GGGGAGUUUAAAGCGGGUUUUCAAGAGCACGUCGUGUCCAAGUGAAUGUUUGACUGGGUUGGCAGAAGAUCCGAGAUCGCCUUCUUGGUGGACAAGAGAGGUGGCCGAAAAAUAAACAACUUGUGCGAUCGCAACGGAGCGAUCAGUUUGAAAUACCACCUGAUCGGGUGAAGAUCACAAAAUUUUCUCCUCUUGUGUAGACGUCUCCAAAAAUAAGUUAUUUUUUUCCCAUUAAACUCUCUGUGCAAAAAGGACACAACAUACAUCCAACUCAGUGAAUCUAAAGUCAGCAAAAAUGUGGAUUAUUUCUAUAUUUGGAUUAAUCUUACUCAUCCUGACCACGAUACCACCAUCAACUGGGGAUGUCAGCCACCUCGCCUUCAACGGCGUAAAUAAUCAGUAUUUCAACGACAUAAGUCUCCUGAGGAAUGCCAUCCGGGGCGAGCCGAAUGUGGACUAUCCAAUCUACAGUCAGCCACCGGCUACGAGUUUUAGCUGCGCAGGCAGGCACGACGGCUACUAUGCAGACACUCAGGCAAGGUGCCAGGUCUUUCGUGUUUGUGCUAACACGGAUCUGACUGGUCAGGGAUUUGCCUUUCUCUGUCCCAAUGGCACAUUGUUUAGUCAGAAACACUUUGUGUGCGAUUGGCACUACAAUGUGGAUUGUUCACAGAGCCCUGCUUUCUACUCGAAGAACGAGCAGCUGGGCAAGAGAAUCGAAAGCCAUGAGCAUAUGAUGACCAUGGUCAGGUACAUGCAAAAUUUUGUCAUGACACGACCUUUUGCCCAAAAUCAACCCUCAACCAGUCAGAGUGGAUCCUCCUCAUCUGUCUUCCGUGGUAAUGGAGGUGCUGCUGGAGGUGCAAAUUUUGGCGCCAAUUUGUUCGCCAAUGCCGGAGGAUCGUCCUUUGGACAGGGAUUCAGAGAUUCAUCAUCCUCAGCCACAAAUUUCGAUGCUUCAUCAAACAGUCAAGCUCAUCAUAAGAUUUACGUCUCAAAUCUUGGGGAAUUGUCAACUGAACCCGGAUCUGGAUUUGAUCUUUCCAAAUCGAACAUUAUCAAUCAGAAUCUUGACUUCCAACAAUCCAGUAUAUCAACAACUUACAAAGGACACGAUUUCAACAGUGGACAUUCAAAAGCCAGCUCUCAUCCUUUCCAUGGAAAGUUCAAUGCUGUCUUUUCGGGUUCAGGGAACCUUAUUGGUUUAGGUGGGCAGGUUUCUGGUGGAACGGGGAAAUUUUCAGGAUCUGCAGUACAGUCAAACCCAAUCUACUUGCCGCCCCGUCCGGAAAAUACCUACAUCCCUCCAGUAGCUCCACAAAUCACCCCAACUGGAAGUACGGGAAAUACUCAAGUAUUCCCAACAUUCCCAAGUAAUUUGGUAACAGCACCCCCGAGAGUAUCCACUGUUCCCACAGUGCCUGCUCGGCCUCCACAGACAACUACCGUCACCACUACUCGAUUCCCUCUUCCACAACCGACAACAACUCCUCUUCUGGACAUUCGGUUUGGUGAUGAUGAUUCUGCAAAGACAGUCAUGACACCGUCGAAAUACUUUGCCCUUCCUCUAUCUCCAGUGGAGAUCAAAGAGAGAGAACUGAAGAAAUUGGGUCUUUUGAACAGAAAACCAGAAACUCAGGAUUCUGCAAAGGAAGGAAGUGCCUUCUUCCCGCAGAGAGUUCAAUUUCCCCAGAGAUUUACUCUUCCAGCUGUACCACUUUCAACGGGAUUCUCUCAUGUGACUUCCCAUCAAACCACCCCAGUCGUUUCGACAUUCCAUCAGCCUACUCUCUACCAACCCCCUCGAGCUACCAGUCUUCCCAGUAGAUUUUCUUCCAGUUCAUCACAGGAGAGAGCUACAGACAUUCAGAUCAUUCGAGCAAAUGGCUACUACUUCAAUGAUCCUAGAGAAAGGAAACAGUACUAUGAUGCAGUGGCACGUGGCCUAUACAAUGAUCAUGGGAAUGGGUAUGUGUACAUCAAGCCUCAAUUCUCACAGCUUCAGGAAGUUCCAACGCAACGUGUACCGACCGUGGUCAAGCACCAUGAACUCCAGCAUUCUGGUGGCGGUCAGGCGAAAUUCCUCGGGGCCAGGGAUACGGAAGGAGGAAGCAUUUUUCGCGGCUAUGAUUCCUAUGCAGCACCUCUGAAUCAUGUGGGUCAACUGCCAUCUGACACAAUCUACCAUUCAGCCCAGUCACAACCCCAAAAUACCCUCUCACACUUCUGAGAUGCCUCCUUAGCCAACUCCUCAUUCCCUUUUAGCUCAUAAUUUAGCAUUUAAUUCAAUUCUCUUUUGCCAUUUUUUUGUCAUGCGAAAAUUCGAGAAAAUAAAACGUCGGAUAAUUUGAA